CCUCCGUCCUCCUGCGGUACUUCCCCUCCGCGCCACUAUGACGUGCGGGCGGAAGUGGCGCUCGCUGUUCCGGACACAUGGUGCAGGGUGGGCGUGGCCAGGGCGCUGAUGUAAACACAAAAUACGCCUCAUCCCCGCCGUCGGGUAGACCACAGUGGACUGAAUUGACGAGAUUAACCCAGAUCGCCGCCGCCGGUCCGCGAAAAACGCCUCUUGUCCGCCCCGUGUAAUAUGCGUUAAAGCGCAGACAAGCGACGCCAUGGACUUCUACAUCAACCUGAAGGUGAAUUUCAGGGGAAAUUCCAAGAAUUUCCUGCUGUCGGGAUCGGAGACCAAGAGCUGGGAGUCGAUGGAGGCCAUGGUGAAGCGUUCCUUUGGCCUGUGCAGCCUCCAGCUCACCUAUUUUGAUGAGGAAAACGAGGAGGUGUCCAUAAACAGUCAAGUGGAGUAUGAGGAGGCGUUAAAGAUACUGAAAGAUGCCCCACUAGUGCUCUGGGGCUCAGAUUCAAUAUACACAACUAGGACAAAAGGUUUGGAGGCAGAGGACAGAACCGCGGCUGGGCAGCAUAUUUUGAAUGGACCAAUCUGUAGUCGACACACCGCCAAACCCACAAAUCCAGCCAGUCAGAGUGAAUCACUAACCGCAGCGAGGCAGGGGAACCGACUGCACAUGAACGUGUAUGAGACUCGGGGCCUGCCGGCACGGGUCCCCACCACCAAGGCCAGCGGAGCAGAGCCCAAACGGGGCUUCAGACCCCCACAGCACUGCCCUGCCCUGGCCCAGGUGGUCAGUCGCAAGGUCCAGGCCGCAGUGCCAGAACAGGGCAUGGUGAUUCUGAAAGAAGUGAAAGGGACCAAAGAAGAAGACAAGACUCCUCCAGCUUGGUUCACCUCCUACAUGGAGAAGUUUAAGGACCAGGUGGUUCGCGAGGCAGUGGAGAAGAUCUGCAGGGAGUUCUCUGGACAGUGCUGCAUCCACAAGCCCCUGGGAGGAGGCGGGACAGCAGGGGGAGCAGGGGGAGGUAGAGGGGAAGCCGUGGGCGGAGCAGAGGCGCAGCAGAUCCCUGAGGUGUCCUCCACUCUGCCUGGAGCGCCAUCCUCCUCCACUCCUCCCUGCUCCUCCUGCAGGGGACAGACCACUGGAGGAGGCUACCAGUGCAGUGUGUGUACGUCCUGUACUCUGUGCGAGCCCUGCAGUUUCUCUCAUGAUCCCAGUCACAACCUGGUGAGAGCCAGGACUCCUCUGUCCAUCCCGGAACACGGAUCGCCGGCCCCCGACCACAGCAAGUUCUACAGGCGAGGUGACCGCAGUUUCCGGAAGGCGGAAAAGCAGCGGCUGAAAGCAGAGAAGCGCCUGCUGAAGGCAGAGGUCAAAGAGAUCCGCAAACAGCUGAGGAUGGAGCGGCGGGGCAUACAGUGGAGCUCCUCCCAGAGAGAUGGAAGCUCCUCCCCUGUCCUCCUGCAGCCUCGGGCCACCCAGCAUAACAGCCCAGAGCGUCCAAAACGUCCCUGUCCACUGGUGGUUCCAACCAUGACGGCUGCAUUUCUGGAUGAGAACCUUCCUGAUGGAACCCGACUGCGUCCUGGGACCAAGUUUAUCAAGUACUGGAAGAUGAGGAACACUGGGACCAUCAGCUGGAGUGCUGACACUAAGCUGAAGUUCAUGUGGGGAAACCUGGCGGUGGGAUCUGGGGACCGUUGGAGAGAAGUGUCUGUUCCCUUCCUUCAACCAGGACAGGUCGGAAUCGUGAGUGUUGCACUGUGUGCUCCCACUGUGGACGGCUCCUACACCUCCCACUGGCGCCUAGCCCACACCGGAGAGCAAUUUGGACCGAGGGUGUGGUGCAGCAUCGUGGUCGACCCUCUGGCCCCAGCACCCAUGAUGGCUGAUGGGAUCCUGGUGUCGCCCUGUGUCACACCACAGGGUAAGAACCCAGUGGUAAAGGAUGGAAAAGCCUGCAUAGCCUCUCGGGAGCAGCCUUUAAUGUCAGUGGACCAAGAAGAGUACUACAUCCCCUCCGUAGACCUGCUCACUGCACAGGAUCUUCUGUCUUUCGAGCUGCUGGACAUCAACAUCGUCCAAGAGUUGGAAAGUGUCCCAAACAACACCCCUUCUGACAUGACUCCCUGCAUAUCUCCUCUGCCUCAAGAUGGCCACCUGCAGGACAAGAGCAGUCCCUCUCUGGGACUCAUCCAGGAAGAGACAGAUGUCAUCAACAGCAUCAUGGAUGUCCCCCAUGGGGCGGGAUCUGGAGCUGAGGGGGGCGGAGUCCCAGCUCAGGAGGAGGGGGAGGAUGAUAUCAGUGGCAGUCAAUUUGUUUGUGAGACUGUGAUUCGCUCGAUGACCUUGGAGGAGGCCCCUGACCACGCCCCUCUGAGAGGGUCCCGCCCAGGGACAGUUGCGCGUCCGGCUGCUCAGAGCAGCUCGUCCUCCUCCUCCUUCUCAAGUGUAAAGAGUAAAACACUGAAAACAGAGGAGACCCCAGAGGGUAACCCCGGCAGCUCAACCCCCCACACCCUCAAACCACCAGCUACGCUGAAGGCGUCCCUCCCCUCCACGCUGAAAGCCUCCCUGCCUGCUCCCAUGUCUGUGGCUCCCGGCCCCAGCUCAGCACCGACCCUGCACCACACUUCAGCCAGGGCCUCCACAGCCGCAGAUGAUGUGGAUGAGUUCCACAUGGAGAGCAUCUGUGUGGAGUCCAGUGGUAAGGAGAGAGAGAAGGAGCCUGAGGAGGUGAAGGAGAAAGAGGGAGGGGAGAAGAAGACGAGAAGUCGCUCCUCCUCUACCUCUUCAGAGGAUUACAUCAUUAUCCUCCCUGACUGCUUCGACACCAGCCGCCCACUGGGGGAGUCCAUGUAUAGCUCUGCUCUGUCCCAGCCUGGUGACAUCCCAGCCAAAAGCCCCACAGACCCAGAUACUCCAUCUUCUGACCUCAGCGACCACCCAGGCAGUGCUGCUGCGGCGGGGGAGCUAGCUGAGGCGAAUGAAGACGCAGCAGCCCCAGGCACAGAGUUAUCUGGCACCAGCAGUGCCAACGACAUGCUCUGUACCUCUCAGACGCUUGAUGAUGAGCCGCUGACACCUGAAGUGGUGGCUCCACCGAAAGCCAUCGUCACACCAAGUCCAGAGAGCAGCGGAGAAAUAGACAUUGACGCUGCAGCUGCUGCUUCUGCUGGGGAAGGAGCAGAGAGCUCUGAAUUAUACCAAACUGAGGAUGCCUCUGGUCCUGAACAAACUCAGACAGAUACUGGAGAUACUGAGGACACAGAGGACAACCCUGAGGACCCCAGGCACCCAGGCAUUACCAGUGGCCUGGUGAAGGGAGCUCUGUCAGUAGCUGCUUCUGCUUAUAAAGCCCUGUUUACUGGACAAGGCCCCACACAGCCUCCAGUGGACGCUUCCACCCAAGACACCAUGAUGGCUGUGCUGGUGGAGAUGGGCUUUGGGGACCGGCUGCUGAACCAGCGACUGCUGAAGAAACACAACUACAACCUGCUGGACGUGGUCAACGAGCUUGUUCAGAUGACUGACAAUGACUGGUACUCCACACGGUACUGACAUAAGAGAUGAAGUGGAGGUUAAAGAAAAAAAGAGAGAGAUUGAGGUGAAACCCAAGAAAUGAUGGAUGAAGAAAGAGGAGGAGGAAAGAUGUGAGCCAAGAACUUCAUUUCUGCUAACCUACCUUUUUAGCUUCAUGCUUCUGCCCAUCUCUGUUCUGACUGGUCCAGUUGUGGAGAGCCAAUCUUCUCUGUGACAACAUACAGGGAAACAUCCCACCAUCAAACCCCCAAUGUCUGUGGUGUUACUUUCAGUGUAGGCAUUGAAAGUGACAGGGGGGUUUCACUGCUAACUCAUUAAAGAGUUGAAGAAAGAGACAUCCCUAAAGGCUCACAGGAGCUAUGUGUAGCAUUUCUAAAAGUGAAGAUCACAUAUCACAUGAGCACUACAGAAGCCUGCAAAGGUGAUGUUGUUCUGUUCAAAGAGAAGUUAAGCUACUAAAAGUGCUAGUGACACCACAAAGCUUGGUUAACUAUGAAGACAAACCAGUUCCAGCAAUCCAGCAGGUUUCACAAUUAAUGUGAGAGUCAGGUAAAUACACCAACAUUAAAAUAAAAAUGAUAGUAAUUAUAUGUUAGCAUUGAAAUGCUACACAUAGCACCAUUCUGCUUUUCACUUUAGCCCAGCUCAGUGAUGAAGUACAAAUAUCACGUAUUCUCAUCUGCACUGAGAACAAUAGUGUCACUUUUGUAUGUAGCUAGCUAAGUCAGAGAAUGUGUACAUAUGCUAGUCAGUCUGAGUUUGCAAAUCCACAUUGAAUUUAUUCUCGGUGUUACUAUACAUGCUUUUAACAAGGCGUUUCUGGGUGCUUGAUGGUCCCACUGGAGCAUCCAUCGUUUUGCCCUGUUCUACCCCAGAGUUCUGUUACCCUACCCUGACGGGUCUCAACAAAAUAGCGUAGAGGCCCAGUCACACCAGAGACCGGCUCACUUUUCUGCAUGUCCUUGCAAAAGAAUGUGGUGACUUAAACUGCUGUAACUGUCGAGCUAAUGGCUUGUGCUGUCAUAACAGCCCUCCAAGCUAAUGGGACAGUAAGGUCGCACAUUUUAUUCAAAAGUAUGAACAUUGAAUCCUGUUUGACAUCAGUCUUGGUACAAUGCACAAUUCUUCACAUUAAAGCUGUCAGUAGUUCCAUUGAAAUAAACGGAGUCCACCGCAUUUUUUUAAAAUGUCGGCGUGUCUGGGCCUGGAGGUUUGAGGCUUGUGUCCCGUUCAGGUUUUGUAGUUUUCAAAAAUAAUCCAUUACAAACUUUCUCUCUGUGGCUGUCUCAUUGCACCAUUGUCUCCAUUCAUGCAUCAUGCGUGCCUGCGUGCAUGUUUUAGGUAGACACACAAUGCCCAAGAGAUGGAGAGUUUCCACUGCCUUGAAUUAGCCUGGCAAACCAAUGGUUAGUAAUAGCUCAAAUGAGCAAAAAUAUAUAGCUAUUGUCACUUGAAGACAUACUUUUUGAUCCUUCACCUAAGGGUUGGUCAAAUUGAUGAUAUACACUGGAAGAUGUGCAAUUUAUCCCGAGUCUGAGACUUUAACUUACUCUUUGUUCCUAGGUAUUGAUCCUUUUCAAUAUAUCUGGUUUUCUUUGACAGUUUAUGGGGAGUUUGUGGGCAAUGUUGCAAAAAAAUAAGGUUUAAAUAUUAGAUUUUUGUGUAACUUGUGAUAAAUGUAAGGGAGUACUUUGAUUUGUCAUGACUAUAUUAGCCAAAAACAGACAUUCCCAUCUGGUGGUUUUAUGUAGAAACAAUCAAUUAAUUUCCAAGAACUUACAAUGUUCUCACUCAAAGAAAGACAUAUGCCAUGAUAUCAUUGAUAUAUCAAAUAUAUAUGGUUGUAUCAUCCACACUGCCAUGCCCCAAUCACAUUAGGUACACUGGCAAGUAUUUGAAUAGAGACACUUUGAAAAAGUAAUUAUAUGAGGAGCCUCAGAGUUUGGUACAAGGUGAUAAUCUGUGCUCAUUCAGGUCCAAAUAUCUUAGAUGUGGCUGCAUUUUUUUAUGAAUAUUAAUUUUUGUUAUGUAUUGUCAACAUUACUGAAGAAUAUAUAGGGAUGUCACACACCAAUUACUGUACUGUAUGCAUAAUCAGCUGUACGUAGAAGAGUAAACGACUACUGGAAGCGGAAAAACAUUCCCCUAUGGGAAUUAAUAGUAAUUUGCACUACAAACUUACAGCUCACAGGGACCUUUCGUUCAUAACCUUAACUUAAGUUACUUUCACCUCUUUCUCACAUUGUUGACCAGUCAGUCAAGCAUCUUCCCUGAUGUAGUCAUUGUUCUGAACAUGAGCUGUUUCUCACAAGGAUUUCCUGUGUUCCCCAAAACCCUCUGGUCAGAUCGAAGGUCUCACUGUGCUUCAAAUGAACUAGUUCAUUCAAGUCAUCUGAAGCCGGUGUUUCUACAGCACCUGCUCACAUUUGCCACACCUGAUGGCUGGGUCCUACCCUGACUGCUGGGGAAAACAGCAAACACUUUAUGGCUGCUAGUCCGUCAGUUUGGUUUGCUUGUGCUUGGCACAGACUAAACAACCGCAUCAAGACCACCUUGAUUGGUUCAUUUGUUAUUUCUUGAUAGUAGAUAUGGGGUUUCCGCAUGAAGCAAAUUCAUAUGGGUUUGAUAACCAUGGCAACCUAUUUCAAUCUGUUUGUCGCUGUUCAAGUGGCUCCAGUGGUGGUGAUACGAGAUGACAUGACCAAAAUGGUCCUACUAAUAAUUUUAACAUUAUCAAUUUUACAACAGACCAGAAACAUAUAUAUAUAUAUAUAUUUAAAAAAAAAAUAAGAACGACCAAAUAAACUUAAGUACAGGUGCGAGAGUGAUAGAUGACUUAAUAACUUCUUUGUUUGAAGCAAACAGGGGCCUGGAGUUAACAAAAUGUGAACUUUUGUAACAUUUCACUCACUCUUUCUCUUCUUUCAACAUUACACCAAACAGUUGUUUAAGAAUCCCCCUGAGACAGGUUUUUAAAAUCACUUUGAAAAACAAAAGGCUGCUCAAAGUGACUGCUGAGGUGGGUUAGAUGGGGCAGAGUCAAUGAUUUCAUUGAAGCCCCUUCAACAGAGCUAAUAUUGGUUUGUAUUUUGCACUCCUGUCACUUGUUUUGUGUAGUAUGCUAAGGUUCUGGGCCUGAUACUACUCUUCCUGUGGCAGAGAAUGUACAGGACGCUCUGUCCAAAAUUAAACUGGAAUCAAACUGUGUGUAACAAUGUGAAACAUGUUUUUUUUUCUUCAUAAAUGUAUGCAUAUAUAUAUAUAUAUAUAUAUAUAUAUAUAUAUAUAUAUAUAUAUAUAUACACACACACAGAACCUCCUAGUUGGAAGCAAUGACUAUCAGUUAACAUAAGUUAAGGUUAAGAAUUUUUCUUCGAAUGCUUGAAGGCUGUUUGGAAAUAUAAAAAUUCAUAGAUGUGGAUGUUGUAUUACCAAGCUUUUGUGUGGUGCUUGAAUUUGCUCUGCUGUAUGUGUGUGUGUUAGUGUUAAACUUUGUUAGAAAUGUUACCAGAUUUUUUUGAGGAUUGUCUUCAAGUUUGCACGUGAGAGAACUUGAAGGAUUUGUGGUUUGUGUUGGACAAAUUGUUUGAUAAAACAGCACUUGUUGUAGGAUUAUGAUAAAUUGUGUGCUGAUACCAGUGGUUUUAAAAAAAGAAAAGAAAAAAAGAUUUAAGCAGAGCGAUACAGUUUAUUUUAUUUUUUUUGCCAAUCUGUGAAUUCAAAAUAAAACUGCUCUCUUGAGAAAACCAUAGGGACAAUGUCUGCAAUGAAAUUUAAAGAAAUAGUUCUCAUAAUGUUGAGCUACACAUUGGCUUUUACACAGUGAUUUACAUAUUUGGAGCUCAGCCACAAACUCAAUAUUUCAGCUCCUGACUCCUGACUCCUGACUCCUGACUCCUGACUCACGCAGAGUGAUGAGGAUAUGUGGUGGAGAUUUCAAUGGGACGUUUUCCACUCAGCAGUGCUUAUUUUACCAUAUCGGAGUUCAUUGACAAUACAUGGGUACACUUGAGUUGAGUGUUGAGUUCAAACAGACAGUCUCACCUGUAUAAUGUUAAGGGACUGUGGAUGUGGUGUUACCAGCAGAAUGAUGAGAACUGUUGUAAUGUAGACAUUUGGUGACAAGAAUUUAAAAAGUAAAAGGGGAAUUUGUGAUGUUUUUUUUAUUGUUUUUUAUUUGGGGUUGUCCAUUUGAGUUAAUCUCAAGCUGCAUUAUAAAUGCCUGCAGUAAACUCUGUUACCCACCGUAGCUUCACUUGAAGAAUGCUAUGGUUCCUUCGACAUUUUGCAUCACAUUCUCGCAACGGUAUCUCACCACAGUCCCUUUAAAACAUGAAGGAUUCUUAUAAAAAAAACCUGCGGCACAUAUCCAAACCAAACCCCGGUGUGGUGAACGGAGUAUGUGCACCUGGUGAAGGUGAAGAGUUUUACAUGCUGUACCGUGUCAUUUUUGCUUUAAUUAAAAGUGAGUGUGUUCCACACAGGGCUGGCAGGUGAAAUAUGUUCAUCGGGGUAAGGAAACUAUAGUAUUUAAGGAAAAAAAGAACAGCUGGAUUGUUUGAGGUUUUUUUCUGUGUUGUACUUUAUGAACAUGGUGUACAAAUGAAUCUGUCUCCAAUUAAAGUCAAUACAAUUGA